AUGGCUGACAAGUCGUUCCAACCCGCAAUUGAGUCGGCUUGCGGCGACAGAAUGAUGCCAGACAGCUCCCAUGACAUUGGGUCGAACUAUUGUUCUAUUCAGCAGGUCUUGAUGGUCGAUAUCCCUUGUGAAAUCCCUCAGUACAACACUGAGCCGGAAAAUGUAUUGCCAUAUCAGAUGGCUGAUCAGCCGGUUGUACCCUCCAUUCUCUCUUUGAAGAAAGGCGAACUUUCAAAAAAGAAGGGAAGCCUCUUGACCCUGAGCACUUUGAAGACUGCAGAUACGGAGACCACGAAUUCAGUCUCACCUGGGUCAGAUCCAAGUUAUCGACAAGCUCCUUCAUCUUCUUCAUCUUUGAGCUGUGUGGCUCCAGUAAGCUCGCCAGCUAAGCUCUCAACAAUCUCGCUGAAGGGUGCAUUCCUUCAUCUAAACGCUACAGAGGUAGACGGGUCGUCUAAUCAGGCGGCACCAGUCACACCAGCCAAGGAUAUCACCAAUGGCAUGGAAGAUCUACCAUCCUACAGUGCCAACAUACCUUGCGAGCCUUCAUCCUCUCGUAUUAUCAUUAAGAAGAGAUCAAAUGCUCGUGUUCCUUACUCAAGCAGUUCCCUGGUCCCUGUCAGAACUCACAGUUGGGGUGAUAUUUCACCCCCGUCUGACAUCCUGGAAUCUUCUUCGUCAGGAAGUGGGAAAGGAAAAUCUCCUGUCAGAAGCAUAUAUCCAACCCCUUCUACGGUUGAGAGCUGCAAACUCAGACAUGAGUUUGCUCGAGCCAGUCUAAUUCCUGGCAGAAGAGGGAAAGUGAUUGGCAAAGGUGUGACUGCUACCGUCAGCCGGAUGCAUGGCAAAGGUCCUAAAAAGCAUCAGUAUUAUGCUGUGAAGGAGUUUCACAAGAACCGGGGGGAAUCCAAGGAAGAUUAUGAAUGGAGAGCCAAGAUGGAAUUCAGCAUCGCCCAGCGCUUGAAUCAUCCGAACAUUGUGGAGAGUGUUCGUCUUUGUAUCUAUGCAGGGCGUUGGAACCAUGUCAUGGAGUAUUGCCGCUAUGGGGACUUGUUCACUAUUGUACAUCAACGGUAUCUUCCAUUCGAAGGCUAUCUGUGCUUGUUCAAGCAACUCUUUCAAGGAGUCGCUUACUUGCACCGCUCCGGUGUUGCACAUCGCGAUAUUAAGCUGGACAAUUUGCUCCUAAGCGAGAACGGUCAUCUGAAGAUUACGGAUUUCGGAUGCUCGAUAGUCUUUAUUGACCCAUUGGAAGAUGGAUAUUGGAAUGAACAGGGCAAGAUUCCCAAAUGUCCUCCUGGUGUUUGCGGCAGCCUACCAUAUAUCGCACCAGAAGUUCUGGCCGAAGAUAGAGACUAUGAUCCACGGCUGCUUGAUGUAUGGUCUUGCGGCAUCGCCUGUCUUGCCAUGAUCAACUGCGGUACUCCAUGGGAAGCUGCGGAAGCACAGGAUCCCGGAUAUGCUCGCUACACCCAAUGGUGGGAGCAGUUCAUUCAGGACAGUCCUGACGGCACCGUGACAGGGGAUAAGCAUCCGAAGCAUGGAAGAUUCUUUACUAGCCUCCGCGCCAGACCUCUUCGGCGUCUGGUACUCCUGAUGCUCCACCCUGACCCAGAUAGACGGAUCACAAUGGACGAAGUGAUGAACGAUCGCUGGGUCAAAAGAAUCGAAUGUUGCUGCACUGAACCCGGCAAACGGUCCACAUGCAUCAGCAAUUACGGUGGAAUCGUCGCUCGCAAAGUCCACAACCAUCGACCUCCGUUGAAGAAGGAUGUUUACCGUCUCAAAAUUAAGCGCAAACUUGGAUUUGCCCUUUGA